UUCUUUACAUUUCAGUCCACGUGUUACAGCCGUCUCUGUUUCUGUUCUCUAAAUCGCCAGUCGCCCUCUUCCUCACCUUCGCCCGCGAGACCGCCGGCGGCGGCAUCAUCCAGUCAUUCUAGUUUCCCCCUGCGGCGAGAUAAUCGCGACAGGUCUACCAGUUCCUGUGCCAUCUUCCUCGACGGAUGCUGCGCCAUCUCUCCGACGAAAGCUGGCAGCUGUGGCAUGUACUUCUCUAAUCGAGGGACACCGUGUAGUCACUCAAGUCUCUCUUCCCUUCAUUCUUCACAUCCCCCAUACUCCUUGUGGAACUGGAUGCAUUUGCAGUAGUUGCUCUCUGAUUCCUUGAUUGGCAAUGUGGAAAUCACCGGCGAUAUCUUGCAUUGUUAGAAGGUUAACUCGAGCGCGAUUGGGAGUACAAACUCUUAGUUCUAGCUAUGGUUCAAUUCCGCAGGCUCAAUUAUCUGAUAGAGAAUAUGCAAACGAUCGGUGCUCUUCAGAGGCACAAUUCAGUCAUCAAGCUGCAUUCCAAAAUUUGGAUCAAAAUGCUGGAAGUGUGCAGAAGGAUAAAAUAGGGAAGAAUAUUUCUAGAAAGGAGAAGACUGGCUUUCUUAUUAACACACUCAUGGAUCUCAAGGAUAACAAAGAAGGCAUUUAUGGUGCUCUGGAUGCUUGGGUCGCAUGGGAGCGGGAAUUUCCCAUUGGUCCUCUUAAGCAUGCUUUGCUGGCUCUUGAGAAGGAACAUCAGUGGCAUCGGAUUGUUCAGGUGAUCAAAUGGAUGUUGAGCAAGGGUCAGGGAAACACAAUGGGAACGCAUGGGCAAUUGAUACGUGCGUUGGAUAAAGACCACCGAGCAGAGGAAGCACAUACUGUUUGGGUGAAGAAAGUUGGUACCGAUCUUCAUUCUGUGCCAUGGAAGUUAUGUAGCAUGAUGAUAUCGGUAUACUACAGAAACAACAUGCUAGAUAGGCUUGUUAAGCUUUUCAAGGGCAUGGAAGCAUUUGAUAGGAAACUCUAUGACAAGGUAAUAGUCCAGAGAGUAGCCAAUGCACAUGAGAUGCUAGGGAUGCCAGAAGAAAAAGAACGAGUACUCCAAAAGUACGCUGAUGUUUUCGCUGAGAAGAAGCAACGAUUUGGGAAGAGAUCUAUACAGUCCACUACAAAGGAGAAGCAGGAUAAGAUGCAAUGAUCAUUAGUCACAUGAUUAAGUCAAUUUCAGUCAUAGAUUGUAAUUUUUGUAUGAUGUUCAGGGAAUAAAAAAAUGAAAUUUACAUUACACGUCACUAAUUUUGUCUACGUCAUCAUUUUUGUAAGACAUGUCAGCACAUUCAAUGUUAACUAACAGAUAGCUACAAUUGUCUAGCAAAUUAAAACGUUUGGCUAUUUUAGACAUUUUUAAUGAUUUUGGCUAUAAUGUUGUCGAUGAGGUAUUUAUAUUCAACUUACUGAUGGU